AUGUUGGUCUUAAAGCUCAUCGAAUCCACCACCAUGGAUUUCCGCAACCUAUCAUUCACUCUCCUCCUGCUAUCCACUACAGUCAUGUUAUAUUUCAGGGCUCUAUUAGCGCAUCCCAUCCACAUUAUUAGCACCCCUGAAUCAGUGCAGACUGCAGAACCAGCGCCAACCGACGCCCUCGCCUUCCUCGACGAGCCCGUCUUCAAACCACUGGCAUCUCACAUAGCAGACCACCCAUAUCCAUGGCGUGAUAAACGUCCAUUCCAGGAGACCAAUUAUGCGUUACUCAUGGGUGCAGUUCAAUCUCUUCUUGAGGCUGAGGUUGACGAGGAAGAGGGUGGUGUGGGUUUGAACGAGGGUCAUGGGCAACAGGACGUCGUUGAGAUUAACUCGUCUGAGACAUACAUUCUCUGGGUUGGGGAUAAGGAUGAUGAGAAGUGUUCUUGCGCUUAG